AUGGCUCGAGCAAGUGGUAUCCCCGGAAACUCGACAGAGUGGGAGGAUUGCAUGCAUGACGAGGGCCUAGAUUCCGGGGAAAUCAAGGUUUCGGAUAUAUCCUAUAGGUCGGCGUCAAAGCUAGAUUCGCGAAUGUUUCUCUGCCUGAAAAUCUUAGUGGGGAGAUAUCACCCCAGCCAGCUGAACGUGCAGGCCAUCGUCGACGCAUCCUAUGAGCCGCCGGAUUUCGAGCUUUUGAAAGACGUUAUCGACAAGUGCGACGGGCAAGGAGACCCCUUCUGGGUAAAGGGCCUUAAGCCGAAUUUGUUCAGCCUCCACCAGUACUUGACACAUCUUGUCAUGAACUCGGAGAAGAUCGAACCUGAUGAUGAGGCUUCCAAACUCACAAUCUUCCAACAGUACCUGCAAAAGAAGAAUGAGAAGAAGGCGAUAGCAGCAAUGAAGGCACUCAGCGUCAGCAGCCCCCCUCCCGGGAGUACCGCAUCAACUUCGCCGCCAAGUGCGUCAUCGACUUCAUCGUCAAGUGCCUCCCCCGUCGUAGCCGCCUCGCCUUCGUCGAACCCUCAGGCUCAAUACGAGGCUGUAGUGAACAUGUCUCUCGUCGUCUUUCUUUCCAGCAUUAGGCUCCACUCUACCGAGCUGGAGUCCGCCUGGGUAGCCCACUGGCAUCCGGAUCCCAAGGCCUUCGUGCUGAAGAAUUCUCAGGGUCAACAAUUGCUUCAGGCCCGAGUGGACGGCUAUCUCUCCCGGAAGGGCUCGAGGGAUGCCUUUGCAAUCCUCGAGACGAAACCGUUUGUCCGCGAGGCCAAGCGCGACGACAUAGAAAGACAAGAAGGCGCCCAGAUGGCGGCCUGGAUUGCGUCUGACCCCAGAUCCAAAGCACCUGGCGUCCUUAGGAAAGCUAACGAGCGUGAUAUUCGACGUCGGGUCCUGAUUUCUCAGGAUAGGCACGAGAUAUAUGUAACCAUUGCAGAGUAUGACGUCGACUAUGUCGAGUACAUCACGGAUGAGAGGGUCGGUGGGCUUGCAGGCCGCAAAACUCCUCCCUCGCCGUCGCGCCCGCCGGUUAAGAAGAGAGCAAAUUCAGACUCUUCGUCGGAGUCGGGUGCGUCAUCUCAUGCAUCGUCCCACCCGCCGUCCCAUGCGUCGUCCCAUGCGUCGUCUAAGGGCUCUUCGCACGGUCGUGGACCGGACGCGGGCUUCCUGAAGAUGAACGUGUACGGCCCUUUCCGCAUCAAUCAUGCAAGAGAAAUGAAGAAUCUUGCGCAAAUUGUUACACAUCUCUGCGUAGCUCUUCUUGCCUGA